AUGGAAAGACUGCAUAAGAAAAGAGAUUUCAUUGGGAAAAAGGAGAUAAUGUUGUGUCCUAGGAUCCAAAUUCAGUUAGAGAAACACAAAAUUUGGGCUAGGGGUUGGAAUGCAUACUGGGAUGGUGGGUUUUGCUAUGGAGUAAGAGAAGUUGCAACACAGGUUAAGUAUGUGGUGGAUCUGAACCAACAUACUUGCAGUUGCAAUGCAUGGCAGACCUACAUGAAGGCAUAUGAAUUUUUGUUAGAGCCUUUAAAUGGUCCUCAAGAGUGGCCUACUUCUGAUAGCAUUGUUGUGGCUCCAAAGGUGAAAAAGGUCAAUGGAAGACCUGAAACAAAGAGGAGAUAUGGUGUUGGAGAGGUAACUGCAUCUGGUAAGCUGAAGAGAACAGGUUGUUCUAUGAAAUGCAGCUUAUGUGGUGUGAUAGGCCACAACAAAAGGGGUUGCAAGAAUGCCCCUAAGCAACAACAACACAGCAACAAUCAUGCUACUGCAGAGCAGACCACACCACAGCAACAACACCCAAGAACCAGUUCAGCUAUACCAAUGCACAAUAGGGGUGUGGGUAUUUAUACCUACCCAAAUGGGUAUCAAAGAAUAGCUACUCCUAUAUCACAACACUUCCCCACACCACAGAGGCAAAGACCUCCUGCAGCUUUCUAUUCUGAUCAUGGGGGUGAGCAAACCAUCUACUCCUUCCCUGCACAUGACUUCCCAUUGUCACAGACUCAACCAAGUCAAGGACACACAAUAUCAAGCCAAGCAUUGCAGGAUCUUGCAAUGGCUAGAAGAUUAGAAAAAAGACCAUGAG